AUGGCUUCUUCAAUAAAAUGUCUUCGAUCCCUCACUACUCGAUCCAUAUCCCAUCUCCAUCUCAAACCUUCUAUCCCUAUAUCUACAAUUCACCGGCGCAAUGCCUCAUCCAAACACCCCGCAGGUUUCGAGCCUCCAACCUCCGCUGAUCUCCUCGAGCUCCGCGAACGUGUUCAAGAAUUCACAAGACGAGAAAUUCCCGAAACUCUCGCUUCGGAAACAGAUAAAUCCAAUUCAUUUCCCAAUCAUAUGUGGCAGAAAUUCGGAGAUGCAGGGUUCCUCGGUAUAACAGCUUCUGAAGAUGUGGGUGGACUUGCUAUGGGAUAUCAAGCACAUUGUAUUGUUAUGGAGGAAAUUUCUCGUGCUUCGGAAGAUGAAGUAUAUGCCGGGGUUGAUUGA